UUUUGCAUUUUUGACAAUGUUAUUUUGUUAGCUUUGUACUGGGACAAGUUUGAUACUUGCUAAAAACUUUCUUUCUUUAUCAAGAAUAAUUUACGAAAAGACAAUUUUUGUCUUACAAUCCAUUUUUAUUGUUUUGGAAAUGCUAUAGUGUUUCACAUAAUCAAAGAUACUCUUACAAUGACCGAUUCCGGAGUUGAUACGAGUAAUGAGAGCAGCGAUAAUCCUCUGUUUGAUCAUUCUCAGUGUGUGAUAGAAUUCAAUCCCCCUGCUAUACCAAUCAGUCAGUUCGGUCAAGCUAUGCCUGUAGACAUAUUAGACGAGCCGCACGAUCAUGUGGGCAAAAUAAAGUGUACCACGAAAGCCAGACACUGUCGCCUUAAAUACAGAUACGGUGGCACAAUUAGUGCAUCUAGGAACCAAAAACUCCGUUUCGCUGCGUCUACCAAUAACACUGAACUAGUUGAAAAACUACUUUUGUCUGGUGCAGAUCCAAACUCUUCAGAUGAACACAAAAGAAGCCCCCUUCAUUUAGCCGCUUGUCGAGGAUACGUCGACGUAGUCCGGGUACUCAUACGGAAUGGUGCUAACCCUAACAUUAAGGACACACUGGGCAACACACCAUUGCACCUGGCAGCCUGCACCAGUCACAUCCCAGUGGUGAUCGAGUUACUUGAUGCUGGAACUGAUGUCAGUUCACAUGAUAAGAACGGACGCAACCCCAUACAACUUGCACAAAGCAAGUUGAAACUUAUACAAAUGAGACCAAGUGGUGCUGGACAUUACGAAGAGACUCGCCAACUGAUUGGUGAGAUAUGUCUGGUUGUGGAAAUGAUGUUAAAGUACAUGAAGAUACAAAAGGCGGAUGCAGCUGAGCUGGAGUCUGUACGAGAACGGCUCCUGGGACAGGUGAGCACACGUGAACAGGUUGACUCUGAGGUGCAAAAUCUACUUGACAGUCUAGAUUCACUGAAACUAAGAUAAUCAUACCUUUUUGAGGUUCAGGAAUACAAAGACUGUUUUACAAAUGCUGCCUAAAAUUAGAGCUCACAAUUUAUCUAAUAUAAUGUUUAUGAAUGUAAUGUAAUAGGUGACAUUGUAUUUUUUUCAUAGUCUGUAACUAAUUGUAAGUAAAACAAUUUGAUUCAUAGUUAUGUAUGUUGAUAAGAUGAAUAAACUUUAUUAAUUUUAUUA